AUGGAGGGCCACGUGAGCGGAAACAUCUUACCGCUCUUUACCUCCCGCGCGAUUACCUCCAUCUGGCACGACGUGCUCCUCUUUCCGGAAAUCGCUGGCGCCCAAAGCCGCGGCGACGACGGCGGCGGUGUUGCCGGUGCCGGCGGUGCCAGCGGUGCCAGCGGUGCCGGCACCUGCACGUUCGUAUGCACCGCCGGCAGCGACGCCAAUCGCGACGCCAACGGCAACGCCAGUCAGCAGUGCCUCUUCUCCCUCGUCACGCGCCGCCGGAAGCUUCUCCUCGACGGCCGCGUCGUGCCGCUUGAAAUCCCUCCGUCAAACCCGGCGACGGCUUCGUCGUCGGCAAAAACGAUUUCUGGGUUCCCGGCUGCCCCGACUAACUCGAAGACUUCCCCUCGAACUUUGAAAUCGCCGAAAGCUCCCACAACUCCCAAGGCACGAAGCGCCGCGUUUCCAAUCUCGAACAGCACCAGCGGCUCAGGCUGCGGAGGCUCGUCGUGUCCCUUGACACCCACGCAAUACGCGCCGUUGGUUUCCUGGAAUUCCGGGGUUUUGCCGCAAACGUGUCUUCUCGCUUCUUGUAACGCCGCGAACAGCCGAGCCGCGUCCGAUGGCACGGCUUCCGCUGCCGCCGGCGCAGACCGCGCUAUCAGUGCUAACGCUAGAGCGGAAAGUACAACCGCGGCGCCACGUGUCGAUGCGACCGCGACCGCGCCUCCCGGCGACCGCGAUGACGAUAGCGUGAGCACGCCGUUCUUCGACUACGCUCCCGUCGACGCGAUCGAAAUCGGGUCGCAGGUGCGCGAGCCGGGCGACGCGUACGCGGUAUUCCCGCUCCUCGCCUUCCCCGUGCGACCCUACCGCUCGGCGACGAACGCCGCGGGGAGGUCCAGCGCCGGGGGCCGUGACGGCGAUGACGAGGCCCCUUUCGGCGACGCAGAUGUGUCGCACAAGCUUCUAGUGAUCGCAGCGGACGAUCCGUUGAUCGUCGGCACGAGAUGCAACGGCGCGUCGGCUAGAACCACUUUCCGCAAAGGAUCCUACGUUGGCAGGCCGGGAACGGCUCCCGCCGGCGGCUCAGUCGCCACGGGAGGGCUGGCGAGGCGCAUCGCGGAGGUCAUUCAAUGGGUACAGCAGUCCGGAUUUACGACCGUGCCCGGCCGAUACGAGAACGGCCUCUUCCGCGGCGCGUCACAGUCCAUCUCGACCGUCCGAUUCUCCCCGUUCUCGCAGCGAGAGGCGCAGGCGGUGAUCCUGCACGCGCACGUUGCGUGGAAGCUUCUAUACUCCACGCUCCGUCGCCCCGCCAAUCUCGACCGCACCGCCACGAUGAAGCGGCGCUAG